UUAUGGGUAAUUAAAAUUAAUCGCUUCGUGUUCUCUCUUAAGCUAGCUACUCCCGAACCCGAGCUUCUCGAUCAUAGACUCCGCAUCGACGGUUAAGACUUGGUUCCAGUGUGACGUAAGCAGCAAUGUUGCCUGUCCUCCUGCUUCUGAGUUCCGUGGGCGCGAUCGGGACAUCGGCGACCAAGCAGACCGACGCCUUUGCCGAUGCGACGAACCAACUUGCAGUGGACUUGAUCAAGCAACUGCGCACCGAUAAGGGAAACGUCCUCCUCUCCACUUACGGUCUCAGCCAGACUCUGGCCAUGGUCUACUAUGGCGCAAGACAGGACACGUCGAAGAAUAUCCGCAAGGCCCUCCACUACAACGGGACUCAACUUCGCGAUCGUGAAGCAAUCUUGAACGCGGUCACGGAACUUGCUUGGCGUGUCGGAUCCCCUCGUGCCAGAGUUGUCUGGGAAAACGCCAGGGCUAUGAUCGUCGACGAAAGCGUUCCCCUGCUGGCCUCGUACAAAGACGCCCUAGUUAAGAACCUCGGAUACGUCUUUAAGACGUUGAACUUCGCGAAGGACAGCAACAACGCAACGGCUACCGUUAACGACUGGGCAUCGAAGUUUACCAGAGGAAAGAUCACCAAAAUACUUGACAUGAAGCCAGACACGCUUCUCCUGUUCCUGAACGCGGCUUACUUUAAGGGCGAGUGGCUCGACCGGUUCGACAAGUCUGCGACGCAGGAGCUUCCAUUUUCACACUCCGGCAAGGGCGGAAAUAAAGUGAGCACCAUGGUGAGGGAGGGGCAUUACCCUUACGCGGACAACGGUAAGCUGCACGCCGUGCUCGUCGAAGUCCCGUACGCGGGCAACGAGUUUAGCAUGGUUGUCGUGCUCCCUAACCAGAAGAAGUCGCUGAAACAACUUUUGAAGGACUUGAGCGCAUCGAAAUUGAGAUCAGCGUUGAAAAAGCUGGAGCGCACCAAGAUCGUUUUAAAACUGCCAAAGUUCAAACUGGAGUCAGCAAACUCUCUCAAAAAGGUACUGUCCGAUCUGGGUUUAAAAUCAGUUUUUGAGAAGAAAGCCAACCUGAGAGGGAUCAGUGACAGCGGCAAGUUGUACCUCACCGAUGUCUUGCACAAAGCCGUGCUUGAAGUGGACGAAGAAGGGUCGAUAGCGUCCGGAAAGAUUGCGUCUCCUGACACGCCACCGACGCAAGAGAAGGGAAAGAAACCGUUGGUUCACGUGAGUCGACCCUUCUUGUUGCUGAUUCGUCACGUCAAAACGGACACUAUCUUGUUCCUGGGCGUGGUGAACGAGAUCGGGGACAGUAAACAUGAACCAGAAGAAGAGGAGGAGGAGGAAGAUGAAGAAGAAGAAACCGAAGAAGACGAGGAGGAAGAAGAUAACGGAGACGACAACGGGGACGAAGACGAGGAUGAAGAUGAUGACGAUGACGAUUUGCUGCGAGCAGCGAUGUUGCCCUUUGUCCUGACUGUGAUUGCUGUGAUCGGCGUUAAUACUGCAACGUCACAAGGUACUGUGCGUGUCGCUAAGGCAAACAACCACCUCGCAAUUUCCCUCCUCAAGGCGCUUCCGACAGCCAAAGACAACGUCGUCUUCUCACCGCUUAGCAUCAGCGUUGCUAUGGCAAUGCUUUAUCACGGUUCGAGAGGUGUAAGUGCUGAAGAACUGUCCUACGCGCUCGGCUACGAUGCAGCUGGACUUAAAGGUCGACGUGCCCUAACGUCGGCCGUGGAAGAACUUCUUCAAACAUUUGGCCACCAGAAUGAAGACGUAGCCAUUCACAUUGCGAAUGCAGUACUGUUCAGCAAAGACGUGUCUGUCCGUAAGAAGUACAUAGAAGACCUGGAAGAGAUCUUCGAGGCAAAGUACACACAGGUGGACUUUGCAGAAAAUGAACGUUCGGCAGUUUCUCAGAUCAACGACUGGGUAGAGGAACAAACUAGGGGGAAGAUAACUGGACUUGUCGAUAAUCUAUCUAAGGACACUGUAAUGGUUCUUUUGAACGCGGUCUACUUCAGGGGAAACUGGAAAAAGCCGUUUAACGCAAACCACACGAAACCUAAGCCUUUUUAUAACCACGGACGCGAUUCCGUAUUGGUUGCAACCAUGUGGAAGGAAGGGAUGUACGGUUACGCGCGGGACAGCAAACUGCAAGCGGACAUCGUUGAGCUCCCGUACAAAGGAAGAGAGUUUAGCCUGGUCAUCCUCGUUCCCCACGUGCGUGAUGGUCUCCGAGCACUGCUGGGAAACCUGUCGUCUUCGGAAUUCAGCAGGGUGACUCGGAACAUGCAGAAGAAAGACGUUGUCUUAGAGCUACCCAGAUUUAAACUCGAAUCGAAAUACGGCCUCAAAGAGCCGCUGAAGACGUUGGGGGCCAAAUCAGUUUUCGAACGUGCAGACCUAAGCGGAAUCCGGAAAGCUGGAGCUCCUCUGAAGGUUUCGGAAGUCCUGCAUAAGGCGAUGGUGGAAGUGGACGAGAAAGGCAGUGAAGCGGCGGCAGCUACGGAAGUCCAGGUUGUACUUUAUUCCAGUAGGAUAGGAACUGAAGUGCACGUGGACCAUCCUUAUCUGUUCUGCAUUCGUAGCAGGAAGACAGAUAUGAUCUUGUUUUUAGGCGUGGUCAACGUGUUGGGUGAGAACUAAAAGAACCGAUGAAGGAACAACCAGCCUUUUUUUUUUCUUUAUACUUCUAACCUAAUGUAAUCGCUGGAAGUACACCCUCAUUCACAGGCCAUGACGUAUGUUUCAUGAAAUAAAAGACAAAGUCGAAUAAGGCAAA